AUGAGGUUGAUCUACUUGUUCGUGAUAAUGGGUGUGGUGAUGGGGAGAGAUGAGAAGGUGAACAUCCCUCAUAUAUACAUCAAGCUGGUGAUGGAUCUUGACAAGCUUCGGAAGUUCCAUUGGGGUCUUCACUCGUAUGACUUCUUGCUGAGUUCCAUUGAGAAGGCUAGGAAGAAGUUGGUUAAGAAGAACAGCUACAUUUUCGAGGGUUUCUCCUAUGCUUUCCAGAUUUGGAUUAUGGAAGCAAUUCCGGAUUUUGGAGAAAUAUGUGGCAGAAGAGUCACAGACAGUUUCAGAGUUCCAAGUUGUAGCAAUUGGAAAGGAGUUGCAAAAGUUUCUAAUGAAGACAUCAUUCAACUUGAGAACUCAUUUACUGAGAAGGGUGACUUGUUCUCGGUCAUCUCAGUGACCGGUAAUGGUGAUGUGUUUUUGCAUGCUGAUUAUACAAGAAAGGAUGAGAUGGAAGAUGAACGAGUGGACUUUCUUCUCAAUAGGAUUAAAAACAAGUUUGAUUGGAGCAAUACAAAAUGGCCAGUUAUAGAACCUGAAGAGACUGAAAUGGAGGAAGCCGAUAUAGAGGAUAUAAAGUCAGAAGCUGAUAAGAGUGUGAAUGAUACUGAUAUUGCAGAAGACGUGGGGACAUCUUCGGUUAAUGUUACUGGAAAAGGCAAGAGAAAAAUUCACGAUGAAGGAGCCGAGACAAGAAAGAAGAAGUUGUUGUGUAAGCAAACAACAGAAGUUAAUCGUGAAAGUAAGAGUUUCAUUGAGGGUUUAGUCCACUCAUCUGUCAAUUCCUUGGGGAUAUACUCAGAACGCAAAUGGCGAAUAUGGAGAGCAUGUUUAAAGAGAGAAUGGAAACAUGGGGAGUGA